GCCACCAGCUUCCCCGCUCCCUCGGCGCGAAUGCAACUGCUAUUUAGUCCCGAGCCUCGACCAGGGAUGACGACCGGUAUCCUGAGACUUAUCACCAGCACGGCGGAUCCCACCAUCUGCACGUCGCGACCGCCAAAAUGACCAAGCUGGCCGGGGCGAGCACCCUGCCUUUCUCAGUCGAUGGGAAGACCGCGAUCAUUACGGGCGCUGGAUCGGGAAUUAAUCUCGCGUUCGCAUCUCUCCUUCUAUCCCACAACUGCAAUGUGGUGAUUGCCGAUCUUGCCCUCCGCCCGGAAGCUGAACAGCUCCUGGCUAAGCAUGGGCCCCCCGCUACAUCGCCUCGGGCUGUCUUUGUCCGGACGGAUGUCACCUCCUGGGCGGACCUGAACCGUAUGUUCAAUCAGACAUUGUUCCUGUUCGGGGACUUCCACAUUCUCUGUCCCGGCGCUGGAGUCUACGAGCCGCCCUGGUCGAACUUCUGGCAUCCGCCGGGUUCCCAGGCAAGCAAGGAUGAAGUCGACGGGGACCGGUACGCCUUGUUGGAUAUCAACAUCACCCAUCCUAUCCGCGCGACCCAACUCGCAUUAUCGCAUUGGCUGCAUCCUAAAGGCCCGAAUGCAAUCCCAGUCACCCCGGAUAAUCCAAGGCGUGUCGUCCACAUCUCCUCGGUCGCGGGUCAAAUGCCUAACAUAGUUUGCCCCAUGUAUGGCGCGUCGAAGUUUGCCAUAACGGGCUUUGUGCGAUGCUUGGGUCCGCUUGAACAAGCAAUCGGCGUUCGUGUCAAUGCGGUGGCCCCGGGCCUAAUCCGAACGCCACUAUGGACCGACAAUCCCGAAAAGUUGAUGCUCGUAGACCAAGAAAAGGACGGAUGGGCAACCCCCGAAGAAGUAGCUUUGGCCAUGUUCAGGUGUCUGGAGGAGGACGAUUUGCAGGGAGGUACCGUAUUGGAGGUUGUGCGAAAUUCAACCAGAAAGGUCGAGACUCUCAAUGACCCUGGUCCAGAAAGAGCUCUCGGGGAUGGUUCACUGGCAAGCAAGAACAACAAAGGCGUCGAACAAAUCCUCCAGUCGUUGCAGCAGAAGGAAAUUUGGGGACUGUGACCGCCGCUUGUAUAACUUGCAUGCCUGGGUUUCCGCACUCUAUCUUGGUGUUUCAGGGUAGGAGAAAACUUCCCCACGGUAUGACAUCGAAGUGCAAUGCAAUGAUAUUAUCAGCUCUACUUUCAGCUUCGGCCUGCAAUUUUCCUUUAACUAGCGUUUUGUGAACGGGCAUUACUCUACCUAGAAUCCCCAAUUGGAGACCUGUCGUUAUCUCGGCCCUUUGAAACCGUUGGGAACCCUCUCAGCUGGCCAAAUGUAUUAUUUGCUCGGUAUCCCAAAUCUU